ACGACUUUGCUUGUACACCCGACGUCGACGUUUCGACGACGGGAAGCUCUCUAGUGAAUAAGGAAUACCGUUGUAGCACUACCAACUAUAACUCGUCGGAGCUAAUACUGGUGCUUAUCGAUGCGAUAAGGGAUCUUCGUCAUUGGUGGAGAGUCUCAAUUCGAUCGCCGGCGGAAUAAAAAGUUGAAACGUACAAAUCAUAACAAAAUCGAAGCCAAGGAAAUACCUUUCUUACAGCCUCUACAUCGACAUAACAAGAACAUAAUACCAAGAUGAGCGACAAAACUACUAUUCAUCGUCAACUCAGAAUCAAGACUGGGACAGCGAAACGGCUCUUCAAGGAACACUUGUCGUAUCAGAAAGAGGAAGAGCAAUUGAAACGCAAAUUGGACAAGUUCAUCGCUGAUGGUGCGGAAGACUGGGAUAUCAAGAACACCAGGAAUAUGAUGGAGGAAUCCAAUAAGCUGGUCAAGGACACUUCAAAACGUCUUGGUGGUGCUGUCCAGGACUUGAGAGAGCUUCUCGUCGGCACGGAGAAGGACCCAGAGUUAGCUUCAGAUGAAGAGGUGCUGAAAGCAAAGGAGGUGCUAGAAGAAGUCAGCGUAUAGGCUCCAAUCCAACUGAACCCGACUGUACCUGUAUAUACCACGAUACCCGCGUCUUAUUCAUUUAACCCUCAGAC